AAACGACGUCGUUGUGUGUGGAUCAUUUUGUCUUUUCAAAAGGCUUCUCUGUUGUAUCUUCUCCCUCAUCGUCUCAAGUCUCUCAACACUCCCUCAAACAGGCUUUUCGAUUCAUCAAUUCAACCGGAAGAAUCUGGUUUUGGUUUGGUUUCCAUGUCUGUUUACUCUCUUGGUACUGAUCAUUACGUAGCUGAGCUUCUUUGAUAAAGUAACUUUGAGGACCUAGGAAGUAAUCUCUCAGCCUUGUUCAUAUCUAAAGAGUAUGUUCUCUCAGCUCAUGUGUUAAAAGUUGGGAGGUAUAGUUUGCUCUGCAGUUUUGGUGUUUCUUAGUAAAAAUCAUGGGUGAUGUCUGGUUGAGUCCCGUCUCCAUCACUUCUACAUCGAACCAAUUGGACUAUGGAUGUUAUUCCCUCAAGAAUAGCAGCUGUAUCUGGAGAAGAAGUUGCCAUUGGUCUUUGAGGAGUCACUCGCUGGACUUUGCAACGGCCAUGAAGCUGAAACGAAGGCGUCUAGUUCAUGCUAGUGUAAAAAUGAAGUCUUUUUCAUUAAUAGCAACGAGAGUAUGCUCCAGUAAGCUAGAAAGAUCUUCCAACGGUGAAACCAUGGCUUUGGAUUUGGAAUGCGGAUUGAAAGAAAAUCUUUGCGGUUUGUUUGUGGAAGAUAAUUUAGAAGAGAAGCCUGAAGCAUGUAGGAGUAGGAUACAUUACUUAGAAGAGAGGGACGAGGAGAUGUUAUCAAAGAGACUUCUCAAACUCAGCAGGUUGGACAAAGUCAAAAGCGCAUCAGAGCUGUUUGAUUCCAUGAGACUCUCAGGUUUACAACCCAACCCCCACGCCUGCAACUCCUUUCUCUCGUGCCUCUUGAGGAAUGGAAACCUUCAGAAACUCUUCACCGUCUUUGACUUCAUGACAACAAAGGACAACCUCACAGGCCACACUUAUACCUUGCUGUUGAAAGCUGUCUCAGAGCUAAAGGGUUGCGACUCUGCGCUAAGAACGUUUAGAGAGCUAGAAAAGGACCCCAAACACAAGAGCCACUUCGACGUUGUGCUAUACAACACCGUGGUUUCUCUAUCCGGACGGGUGAACAACGUGCAGGAGACAGAGAGGGUAUGGAGAGUUAUGCAAAGCGAUGGUCUAAUUGGAACCGAGGUUACAUAUUCUCUUCUCGUUAGCAUCUUCGUUCGGUGUGGGAGAAGCGAGCUGGCUCUAGAUGCAUACGACGAGAUGGUUAAGAACAACGUAUCUCCUAGAGAGGACGCAAUGCAGGCAAUGAUAAGCGCGUGUACAAAGGAAGAGAGAUGGAGCUUGGCGUUGAAGAUCUUUCAGAGCAUGUUAAAGAAAGGGAUGAAGCCUAAUCUAGUAGCGUGCAACGCACUGAUCAACUCGUUAGCAAAGGCUGGGAAAGUGGGAUUGGUGUUUAAGGUUUACAGUGUUGUUGUAAAGUCUUUGGGGCAUAAACCUGAUGAGUACACUUGGAACGCGUUGCUCACGGGUUUGUACAAAGCGAACCGGUACGAUGAUGUUCUCCAGCUGUUUGAUAUGGUGAGAAGCGAAGGGCUGUGUUGUGUGAAUGAGUAUCUGUACAACACGGCGUUGGUGUCUUGCCAGAAGCUUGGUUCUUGGGAGAAGGCUGUGAAGCUUUUGUAUGAGAUGGAAGGUUCGGGGGUGACGGUUUCGACUUCUUCGUAUAAUCUGGUGAUAAGCGCUUGCGAGAAGUCAAGGCAGUCUAAAGUAGCGUUGCGAGUGUAUAAGCAUAUGGUGAUAAGGGGUUGUGAUCCAGACACGUUUACGUAUCUGUCUCUUAUAAGGAGUUGCUCUUGGGGUUCACUGUGGGGAGAGGUUAAAGAUAUACUAAAGAAGGUGGAACCAGAUGUGUCGCUUUACAACGCUGCUAUACAUGGAAUGUGUUUAAGACGAGAGUUUAAGUUAGCAAAGGAGCUGUAUGUGGAAAUGAGAGAGAUGGGUCUAGAACCGGAUGGUAAAACUCGAGCUAUGAUGCUACAGAACUUGAAGAGACAUUAAAAAGUUUAAUGUGUAAAAA